AUGCAAGUCUACUGCAUUCGCCAAGUUGAUCUGCCUUAUGUAAAGUGUCCCAUCCCAUCUCGCGACCCCACAUUCUCAUUUGAGCAGCGAGGUUGGAAUUACAUACGAGACAUGAAGUUCCUCGUCUCAAUAUUCAUUUUGGGAAGCGUUGUGGGGGUCGUGCACUCCGCAUGGCAAGCUGACCCCCCAUUCUACGCCCAACAGUACGCAAUGGUCGGUGGGGUUCGAGGCCUGUUCGUCGAUCCGGUGGGCGACCUCUUGGCCUUGAGUCCGAGUCGAGAAGUGUUUGCGCUUUACGAGGAGUCGAAUGGCGACGGGACAAUCAACGUGAUCCAGGAACUCAUCAUCUCGUCCGUGGGGUUAGCCCUCAACCACGGUCUCAGUUUCCACGACGGCUUUCUCUACGCCUCCAGCGCCAACACCGUCUACCGAUGGCCAUACACGCCCGGGAACAGGACACAGGUCACAGUGGGACAAGAAACGGUCGUCAACGGAAUGCCGUCGGGUGGACACAAUACGAGAACGAUCGUGUUCGAUGAGCAAGGGCGACUUUAUGUCAGCGUGGGUUCAAGCGUCAACGUGGAUGGGAACUCGGACAGGGCAAGAAUUCGAAGGUUUUCACUCAACGGAACAUUGCCCAUUGCGUUCAACACUGGAGAGGUGUUUGCGGACGGGCUUCGAAAUGAGGUCGGCCUAGCGUGGGAUUUGAACGGAGUUCUUCACGGGGUUGAGAAUGGGGCGGACGCGCUGAACCGACCUGACAUUGGUGGCGACGUGCACAACGGUAACCCAGCGGAGGAGAUGAACAGGUUUGAUCAAACUGUGGGGACGCAUUAUGGUUACCCGUACUGCUUCAGCACCCACAAUCUCACGGGACAGCCGGCUGGGACGCAGUACGCCUGGCCAACGUUCAUGGGCGAUGGUACCCACACGGACACGUGGUGUCGAAAUCCACUCAAUAACCAUCCUCCACUGAUCCCAAUGCCGGCGCAUAAUGCACCCUUGGGAGUCGACUUUUUCCGAGGUCAGAGUUGUGACGUCGGAGAAGGAGCUUUCCCGUGUAAUUCUACUGGUGCCGCCGUCGUGGCUUUCCACGGUUCGUGGAACAGUGUGAUUCCCGUCGGCUACAGGGUUGGCAUGUUCCCGUUCGACUCUGAAGGUCGGCCCACGGGGGACGAGAUCAACGUCGUGUACGAAACCCCGGUGGCCACUUGUUACAUACGGAACUGCUUCCGCCCGGUGAACGCCGUUUUUAAUGCGAAUGGUCACCUUUUCGUAAGUGACGAUGCAGGAGGUCAAAUUAUCAAGGUUACGUAUGGCAUGGCUGCAAAACCCAUCCGAAACUAUGUCGUUCGUCGUUAAAACAAUAUGAAUUAAUUAAACUGUACACUUCAUGCGUGAAUAAACGUGAUAAAUUUUUAAUCAUAAA